AUGUUGUUUCUAUAUACUGCAAAUGAGUCUUGUGUUUUGAAGCCAUUAUUUAAUGGUUUAGAGACAGUGAACAUGCACCCAAGUUUGUUGCCCCUUUACCGUGGUGCUGCUCCAGUUCAAAGAGCAUUACAGGAUGGUGUCCCUGAAACAGGAGUAACAUUAGCAUUUACGGUGGUGCGUAAGUUAGAUUCAGGGCCAGUGAUUGCCUCUAAGAGGUUUCAAGUGGAUGAUCUAAUUAAGGCACCAGAACUGCUCUCGUUCCUAGUUUCUAUAGGUUCUAAGCUUCUUAUCCAACUUCCCUCGAUACUCGAUGGGUCCGCAAAAUCAAAAGCAGUUCCCCAAGAUGAUCCUAAAGCUACCUUAGCUCCAAAGUUGGCUCCAGAUGAGGCUUGGCUCUCUUUUGACCAGGAAGCUUUUGUUCUGCAUAACAAGGUUCGUGCAUUCGCAGGAUGGCCAGGAACAUGCGCUAAAUUUGUAGUCUUCGAUGACAAAAGCAGUCAGGAAAAGGUGCUCGAGCUUAAAAUCAUCACCACUCGAGUAUGUCAAGCUUUGGAAAUCUGGGAUGGUGAACAAGAUUAUGUAACUUUCAAGAAAGGUUCACUAAUGUUUCCCUGCAAAGGAGAUACAGCUUUAGAGGUACUAGAAGUCCGGCCUUCUGGUAAGAAAGCGAUCAAGGCAGCCGCAUUUUGGAAUGGCUUGAGAGGUCAAAAGCUGCAGAAGCUAUGAAGACAGAGACUGAAACAGAGAUAAAGCUUUGGUCAGGAAGUUAAAAGCAAGCAAACUAGUCAAAUCUGAUGUAGCCACUUCUAAAUUUGGUUUCAUUUUCUUGUGUUCUUUUCAAAUUUAAUAUCCUCACAUUCUUUGGUA